AUGGGUGAUCAGUACGAGCCGAUAGGUCCGGUUGGUGACGCUCUACUACCACCACCACCACCACCACCGCCAGGAGGAGCUGCAGCAGCCCGACCAGCAACACCUACUCCGCCUCCUCCACCACCUCCUCCUCCGCCACCACCUCCACCACCACCACCACCACCACCACCGGAACCGCGUCGUGAGAGAACUGAGCCUAGACCUGCUCACAAGCGAUCUUCCGACAGGCAUACGGCUAGGAUGAAGAAGCGAGUUAAACCGUCUGUGAGCACCAGUGAAUCAAGGGAGCAAAUAGCUUUCAGUCCUGUGGUUGUUAUUCAAGAAAUACCAGAAGAGGUGGACCAAGGAUCGUGUUGUAGUUGCUCAUUCAUAUUAAUGCUUCUGGCCAUACUUGUGAUUAUUGGCGGGGCAGCAUAUUUGGUUCUUACGAGCAUGGAUCUGGAUAUACCCAUACUUGAUGAGUUGCUAGGAAAAAAGAAGAGUCAGUCUACUGAAGCCAUAAACACAACAACCACAACAAAGUCAUCAGAAAUAACCGCAACGAUCUAG